GUUUCGCUUGUCGUUGGUCGUGCUGUGUGCGGUGGGUUGCUGACAAGUGCAAAGAAGAAGAGCAAGAAGGAAAGGAAAGAGGAGGCACGCACGACAUCGACAGACGCCAGACCGGGCAGACGUCUGCUUGCUUGCUUGCUUGCUUGCUUGUGUGCGCUUCGGACUUCCUUUUGAAACACGUCACGAGAGCGUGGGUGGAUGGGUGAUGGUGGGGGAGAUCCAGCGCGUGUCUGAGGGCGAAGCCUCGGCGGUCCUGGCUGCGCUUCGCUCCAACGUCCGUUGGGCUUCCCACACCCGCGAAUCGCAGAACGACCCGCUUGUGCGUGGCUUCACCAUUCUUCGGGAGACGCUCGUGCGACGAGGCGAUGGCAUCCAAAUUGACACGCUCGUCAGCCCCUUCUUGGAGGUCAUCUGGUCGGGCGUGGCCACAGGCACAAUCACCAGCGUUGCCCUCAACUCCUUGCACAAGCUCAUCUCCUACAACUUUAUUCGCCCAACGUCGCCGCGUGCUGCGGAGGGCGUGAACAGGAUUGCAUAUGCGGUGACGCAGGCGCGCUUCGUGUGCACGGACUUCCAGGCCGAGGAAGUUGUCCUCAUGCGCAUCGUUCAGGUGCUGCGGGCGCUGCUGUGCAGUGACGCCGGCAAACUCCUCAGCCACGACCGCGUCAAGACCAUGCUCGAGACGACGUUCAAGUUGUGUUUCCAAGAGCACGUGUCGGAGGUGCUUGGCCAAUACGCGGAGACGGCCAUGCAGGAAAUGGUGCUCCACCUCUGCUCCCGCCUGCCACAGCUCGCCGAGGAAGCGGCAGCAGAUCCACCGCCACCACGCCACACAGCCGCAAGCCACGGCAGCACAAGCAGUAGCAGUGAUGGCUGCGCGGCGAGCGGAUCAACACACGCACACGCACACGCACAGGAUCAACAGGAGCAGGAGCAUGGGGACCACGCAGCCGUUGGUGCUGCUGCUGAUGAGACGCAACAACACCGAGAGCACAUCGAAGUUCGCAGUGACCGUGAGGCCUCUGCUUCUACAGCAACGACAACGACAAUGACAACAACAGUGGCGAUAGCACAGAAGCAAAGCGACGGCAGUACCGUACACAACAUCCCACGUGAAGUUGCGACCGCGUCACCAAGCCAGGCGCGCAUGAAUGCUCGCGGCGUCACCUUUGCCGCAACGCCCUCCGCGCACCAGGAGACGGUCACGACGCCGUACUCUGUCGCGUGUGUUGGGGAUGUGCUUCGGCAGCUCGUUGGGCUGAUUGACGCGUCCGACAAGAAGAACACCCCGCGCCGCCUGAAGAUGGGCCUCGCUGCCGUCAUUGCCGUCAUGGAGACAUCCGCACACCUCCUCCACCUCCACCCAGCCGUCAUGCACGUGGUUGAGGACGACCUGUGCUACCAGCUCCUGAACAUGCUUGCCCACGACGACUUUGUGCUCUUCUCCGAUGCGCUGCGGGCGCUGUAUCUGCUCAUGCACGCGCAGGGCAAGCGUCUCAAGUUCCAGCUGGAACGCCUUCUCCUCCUCCUCAUCGAGGACCACCUGCCGACGUACGACCACGCCGAGGCCGUGCUGGACUGCAUGCUGUCGCUGGUCCGCAUUCCGUCGUUUGUCAACGACAUAUUCUUCAACUUUGACUGCGACCUCUUCUCUGAGGAUCUGGUUGAGCGCCUCCUCCUCUUCCUGCAGGCCAGCGCCGCCACAGACGACCAGUCGCUCUUCACCACCAACAUGCUCGCACUGGAGACCCUUCUCACCGUCGCCCGGCAAAUAAACGCCAGUGGCCGCGGUCGGCUGAGCAGCAGCGGCGGCAGCAGCGACGAUGAUGCUGCUGGUGGCGACGAUGAGGUGGAGAGCGCCAGCAUCAACCACAGCAUCGUGUCUGAGCUGCGCGUGCGCAAGAAACUGCUUGAGGACGGGAUUGAGCUCUUCAACCACAAGCCAAAGAAAGGCAUCACGUUCCUGCACGAGAACGGCCUGCUGCGACACCCGCUCGAUCCUGCGGAGGUGGCUGCACUGCUCAAGUCCAGCCCGCGGUUUGACAAGGCCAGGAUUGGCGAGUACAUUGGCAACUACAAGGAGGACGCCGUGCGCCAGGCCUUUAUCGCCUCAUUCAACUUUGAAGACAAGCACAUUGACGAGGCGCUGCGCUCGCUGCUGACAUCGUUCCGGCUGCCGGGCGAGGCCCAGGUCAUCGAACGCAUCCUUGAGUGCUUUGCCAGCCAGUGGAUGGCCACUUCAACACACACAGAGCAUGUGCGCAGCGCAGACUCUGCGUGUGUGCUGGCGUAUGCGAUCAUCAUGUUGAACGUGGACCAGCACAGCCCAAAAGUCGUGCGCAAGAUGACUGUGGACGACUUUGUUCGGAACCUGCGCGGGGCAAACGACAAGGAGAACUUUCCCCGCCCUUUUCUCGAGCGCAUCUUCAAGAACGUCAGCAGCAACGAGAUUGUGCUGCCCGAGGAACACGAGGGCGAGAUGCGGGAGCGCGCGCUGUGGCAGGCGCUGGUUACCCGCAGCCGGCUGCCAACCUCCCACAUGACAUAUGUGCACGGCUCGUCGCGGUUUGACGGUGCCAUCUUCGCCAUUCUCGCCGAGCCCCUCAAGGCGUCGCUCGCAUACGUCCUGGAGGUCGCAGACGAGAAGAAGGUACUGAAGCAGGUGAUGGAGGGCUAUCUGCUGCUGGGCAGCCUGUGCAGCCGGUUUGGCAGCUCCGACACCAUCGACCACGUCGUGCAGACGCUCGGCAAGCGCACAUUCCUGCUCGACCUCACCGAUCGCGUCAACGGCAAGGCGCUGAUGCAGGCCAUUGCCAACGACACAAAGGCCCAGCUGUGUCUGUCGUGCGUGAUUGACCUGUGCAUCAAGUACGGCGACACGAUGGACGAGGGCUGGUCGGCCACCAUGGUGCUGCUGCAGGCUGUUGCCAGGCACAGGCUGCUGCCAGCGGGGCUGCGGACGCUGUUCGACUUUGUGCAGGAGGGCGGGCGUGUGCGCUACUUUGAGUCGCCCACCGCGCCCAAGGACACGCGCGCGGACACGUCCGUGCUGACUUAUUUCUCGGCCCUGUUUGCGUCUGCGCCCGCGCAGAAGGAGGCGUCGCCGCUGCAGCAGCUGUGCGACGAAGCGCGGCAGGCGCUGGAGGGCACACGCCUGGACCGCCUGUUUGAGUCCACCACAUUCCUCUCGCGGGAAAAGCUGCGCAGUGUCGUGCGGCUGCUGGCGUUCUGUGCCCGCAGCCCACAGCACCGCGAAGAGGGCCUGCGCGCGCACGAGAACGGCGGUGCUGCUGCUGAUGAUGAUGAUGAUGGUGGUGGUGGUGGUGACGAUGCUGACAGCAAGAACGCAGACGCUGUCUCCACGGUGUCGUGUCCGUCGUCGCUGCACGCCAGCACCGACAAGGUCAACGUCCCACCACCACCACCACCACCUGCAGGCAAGACAGAGGAGGGGGGCGCCAAUGGCAGCGCCAGCACAAUCACCAACACCACACCGUCAGCCUCAACCACAGCAGCGGCAACAAGUGAUGACAAUACACCAGCACCAGCAGCAACGACCACCACCACGUUCAUGACUGCUGCUGGUCCCGUCACGGCCAUCACGCCCACCAGCGACGGCAACACGCCGAGCCCUCCGCCGUCACUCGCUGGGGACGACAAUGCAACAACAGCAGCGGCAGCGGCAGCGGCAACAACAGCAGGCAGUGGCGAGCGGACGGGUCGCAGCGCCGUGCAAGCAAACGUGGUGGCCGAGCGCUCGCAGUCUGCCGAUGCAGCGGUUCAUGCACCCGUGGACGGCAGCAACGACGACAGUGGUGGCAGCAAUGCUGCUGAUCAAGCCAGCAGCACGAAGCAAACCCGUGGCGGUGAUAAUACCACCACCACCAGCAGCAGCAGCAGCAGCAACAACAACAACAGCAGCACUAAUAGUCACGGCCAUACUAACGGUGUGCAUUCGCGCUCGCGGCUACUGCCGAAAACGCUGCCCAAGUUCUCGUACACGCAGGAUGCGGCGGUGUUCUUCUUGGAGAUGCUGACGAACGUGGUCAUCUACAACCAUGCCCGCGUGGACUGUGUGUGGCACGAUGUGGUGCAGCACUUCACAGAGGCACUGCAGUACUGGAAGGAGCCCGGUGUGCACGCGUCGUACCUGGCCGAGCGCACGGCCGUGUGCGUGAUUCGCCUGGUGUUCCACUUUUUGCCGCAGCGCGGCACCCUAUCACCCUCGCCAAUUGACGUGCUGUCUGUGCUGUGCGGCGUGGACGCGUCGCCGGGCGCUCUCAAGCAGAUUGCGCGCGGGCUGUACGAUGUGGUGCAGACGCGGGGCGCGUACAUGGACGACCAGCACGCGUGGGGCGUCGUGUUCUACCUGCUGGAGAGCUGCGGCGGUUCGGACGAGGCAAACGAGCUUGCACUUGACACGCUGUUGCAAAUUGCAGGCAAGCUGACAUGGCCCAACGCGCCUGGACUGGGCCGCACGCUGCUUGCCCUCGCCGAGGCGCGCACGAAACCUGUGCUGCCACGCGGCGUGCACGACACGGGGGACGAGGCCGAGAUGGAGGAUGCCGUUGGGCAUGCGUUGCUCACCGUCGCCGUCACCGCGUUCCGAUCCGUGUGGACCAUCUACCCACGUCACGGUAGUGGUGGUGGUGGCGGUGCCCAUGGCGAUGCUGACGAGGCAACAGGUGCAGAGGCCGCAAGAAGAAGAGCAGCAGGAGAAGUGGCAGUGGACGCCGAUCGGCUGUGGACGGAUGCGCUGGAGAACCUGAUGAAGGUGCUGGCGGACCUGUGCGUGAGCUGGAACACGCGCGUACGACAAGAGGCGAGGGACGCCUUCCACCAGGCGUGCUGCGACCCGCAUCUCGCCGACCACCUGCAGCCCGAGCACUGGGGCCAUCUGAUUGAGCACGUAAUGAUCCCGCUGUUGCAGCGCCUUAACGACACGACGCUGCGCACGAUUCGCCCCCGCGCGCUGGCGGAGCUGCGUGACACGUAUGGUU